GGCAGAAAUCCAUUUUUAGCACUUCAUAACCACCACCAUGUUUUAUCAUCAAUUUAUCUUGGCUAAGAAAGCCCCUUUGGCCAGGGUAUGGCUGGCAGCUCAUUGGGAGCGAAAGCUGAGCAAGGCUUUAGUUUCUGAGACAGAUCUCCCUUCUUCUGUUGAGAGUAUCAUCUCACCAAAAGUCAAGCUUGCCUUGCGAACGUCAGGCCAUCUUCUUCUUGGAGUUGUGAGAAUUUACUCCCGAAAGACAAAGUACCUAUUAGCUGAUUGCACUGAGGCGUUUGUCAAAAUUAAAAUGGCUUUUCGUCCAGGAGUGGUAGACCUUCCUGAAGAGGGCAGAGAGCUUGCAUUUGCUGCUGUUACUAUGCCAGAGGUUUUUACAGACCUUGAUAUGCCAUUGCCUGAACUCAAGUAAGUUUCUCUUGUUUUUUUUUGUUGCUAUUUUUAAUAUUUGUUUGUUUUUCCUGCAAAAAAGGCAGAUUCUAGGUAUUGACCCAUUCACGCACAAUUAUUGUAAACACCCGCAUGGAAUCACAUUCUGCUUGUGACACUUCAAAGAUACAUGAUAUGUAACUAAAAUGCUCAACUUGUGUUGGGGGGAAGAUUUCUUUUGAAUCAAGCAUUAAUCUGAAUAGUUUGGUCAAACAGACCAGAUAUACAAUAAUAACAAAGGCUAGUGUAACUGUUGUGCUUGACUUGUAAAAAAUAAUUUUUUGAGUAGUUUUGCUUAUUGUUGGAAGGCAAUUAGCCGGUAAACAGCUUGACUAAAUUCAGACUGCAAUUUUUGGCAAAAUUUCUUGGUAAGAAUGGGUAAAACUCUAGUAGUCUGCAUAACUGCUUCAUUCCAUGGCCAUUUGAGUUGUCUUUUUAUAAUCUACAAAGCCUCAAGAAGAAUGAGGUUGAGUAAAGUUGAGAUGCUAUCUGCGAUGGCUCACACAGGCCUAAAAUAUUCUUUGAAAAACUGCUUGGUCCUUGAAAACUCCUUGAGAAUGAUUUUUCUCCUUGAAAACUCCUUGAAUUUGAAGAAUUGGUGCGUGGAUUUUAUUAAACUCCUUGAAUACAAUUGAGACUACAACAAAAUAAGUUCAUUUUGACAUCGAAAGAUUGAAGGAACUGCUGAGAAACUCUCAAACAACGAAAAGCUUUCUAUAUUGGGACAAUUCAGGGUUGCUUAUGUAAGGUAUCUAAGCACCGCUCGUUCAAUAGGUAAGGGUCCGGGCAAAUCAUCAUAUAACUUAAUCAUUUAUUAAAACAAACAAGGAAUGGCCCCAAGCAAGCAAAAUGUGAAAGCUACUUUCCACAGGACUAUCUGGAAUUGAAGUUUUUUUUUAGCCCCAAGGUUGUCAAAAGUAGCCGGCUGCCAGCAAAAAUCGCCACCUACUUGGUUAGUAUCGGCUGGCUACUCUGCUUAGCUUUUCUUUAUGAAUGGUGUUUUUUAAAUAAAAUAUCCCCAGACUGGCCACUUACUUUGACAACUCAGCCGUCUACUUCAUAACUUUCUGACAACCCUUGUGCCUACAUACAUUCUGUAAAUAUUUUAUUAUUAGUGACAACCUUGCCUGUACUGGAUAAUGCUAACCACCUGAUAAAUAACUAUCUAGUGGAUUGCUUUAUUUACCUUUUGACCAAGUGGGGCCUGUUGUUUACUCUGGUCUUUAAACAUAAAUAUCACGUUUACUUUUGGAUGACUGAUAAUACUGAAGAGGCUUUGAUUCCUUCAAGGUUUUCUGUUGGUGUUGCCUUAUCUUUCCUUGGAGGUGACAAGCUUUCAACAGCUUUGGCAUUUUUUGUUACAACCAAAGUUGAUUGCACUUAUUCAGUAAAUCAGCAAUACACCAUUUUCAAGGAGUGGAUUCAGAAUUUAUGAUUUGGAGUGCACUGGAAUUAUGUCAUGUUUAAUAAACGAGCAACAGUGUUUUAUUGGGUUUAAAAUCAUGAGCUGAAGGCAAGUGAUUUUAGACCCGAUAGAACAGGUGCUGCAAGUUUAUUGAACGUCUUCAAAGACAUUUCUGGAAAAGCAUGUCUCAGUGGAGUUGAUAACAAGAAUGCUUUUGUGAAUGUCAGGAAUUAGCAGACGAAAAAAUAUUAAGUAUGAAUUAGGCAUGGAAGAAAAUUAAAUCUCACACAGGUUUAGAACUUUUCGUCUACAAAUGACACUAACCGAAGAGGACAUGGCGUCUUGUUCUAGAGCUUUUCAGAAGCCUAAAACUUCCGAGGAAAAGAGAAAGUGAAUCAAAAAUGCUAUCCCAAAGUCAACACGUGCAAUGAAAAAGUAGUCUUUCUUUCUGGAAUGGCCAAAUGGUAGGAAAACAAAAAUCCACUACUCCAGCCUUGUGUCUUCACAACUGACAAGGCUUGACUGCAAUGCUUGGACACCGCUUUAGCCAAUAUAACCGCUGAGUCACUGAACUUUUGGCUGAUUAAAUUUGUGAAAGAACAAAGUUUAAUUUUGUGCAAUAGUAAAUUUACUACAUGUGUAAUUUUGAAAAAAACAUUAAAUAUUCACCCCCCAUUUGUUGUGUCAGUUGCUGUGCUGAUAAUUUUAAAAGUGGCUAAAUGUUAUUUAGGCAAAGUUAACCUCAAACCAAUGCUGGUCAGCAGUUUCCACAGCUACACUAGAGGUGGCCCGAUGCCUUUAGCAGGGGCACCUCGUGACUUAUACACACAGUUGAUUGCCUGGCAUUUUGUGCUUUGGUUUUUUCCCAUCCCUCCCUCCCUCUUGAGGUAUGGGCCAGGUAAGUAUUGGUCGGUAAGUAUUCCACCGAUUUGUUCGGUGUUACAGUGCCUGGUGGGGGCCGCUCGCAGGGUUGCCAUGGAUACCUCCUCCUCAUGCUAAAGCAUUGCCCGGCUCCACCAUUUUUGUAGGCACCAACGCCCAAGCUCAUCUAUUGGUGAUGAGUUUAACAUAUUCAUAAGUCACGUGCAGUGACUUUAUAUCUGAUAAAACACCAUAUACUAAUAAGGAGAGGUUUUAUCAAUAUAAAGUCACUGCACAUGAUCUAUUAUUGACCAUUUGAUAGGUGAUUGGCUUAUGAAUUACUAAUGAGUUUAUGAAGUAAUCCUAAUUAAGGUAAUUUCUUUCUUGUCUUACAGUGAAGUUGAAAUUCAUGCCCAAUUCACUUUAAAUCAAGGUCGAAUUGAGGAAAUCACAAUGAAGGAAGACAUAAUCACCAACAACUUCAUUGGUGAUGAUGGGUUUGGAGACAUGUUUGAAGGAGAAAUUGAGCCAGAGUUGGCCAGAGCAGGAUCUGCUUUGGAAGAGCCCCUUUAUCAGGCAAAUGACAUAUCCAAGUUAAGCACUAUUGAGGAUGCACAACCAAAGACAAUCAUGGAUUCAACUUUGGAGAGAAGCAAGCUAGGUAAAAUGUUUAAUUUAGUCUUGGUUGUAUUCUUUCAUGCAAUAGUAAAACUAUGCAAUGCAUUUUUCAAACUUAUUAGUACCAUUGGGGUCUGUUUGAUCACUGCUGUUUGGAAUUAAAUACUCCUUAUCGAUUUAGCCAAAAUGUUAUAUAUUAUUUCUUUGCUGAUGUAUGUCAGAUCAUUGUUGCAAUAGAAGCAAGCACCAUUGUCAUUAUAGCUGUCAGAAAUUUUGUGCUCUAUCCAGGAGAGGUAAUAUUAUACAAAUGUUAAAUGAUUAAAAUAAAAGAGCCCAAGUGUGUUUACAGGUCAUGAAAUGAUAUAUCAUCGUAUCAUAUUAUCCUUUUUACUCAACAGUGAAUACUUGACUCUUAAACACUCUCAUAGCGACUACUUCUCGUAAGCAACCACUUUGUAAAUAACCACUUUGUUUCUCAGUCAAAUACUGUUUCAAAACUCUCAUGUAAGUGACCACUACUUAAAUUUCUUAAAUAAACAUGACCACAUUUUAAACCAUAAAUUUGACAUAGAGGCAGGUGACCUUUCUGCACCAACCCACUCCAUACACAGAGCUGUCAUUAAGGGCCGUAACCCUUAACACCUGUUAAGACUUAGCUCACUUGAUGUUACAGGUGAUCAAAGUGGAAAGCUAAAGGUGGCACUAUAAAUUUUUGUGAGAUGUUACGGGUGAAUCUUCAUUUGCCACUGCUGCUUCAAAACUUUAUAACAGUCCUGGUACAUAUAUUUGAUGGCCUUAAGCUAGUAUUUUUUUUGUAGCCCGGCUUGUGGAAUCUUUCCUUUGCUUCCCUGAUGGGCAAGUAAAUAAUAAGUUAAAUUUAUGUUAGUUUUAUUAUUUUUAUUAUCAUCAUGGUGAAUAUGUUUUUAUGCUACAUGCAGUUCAUCCAAUUUUUGAAAGCCUCUUUUAAACCCCAUUUACACGUGCUAAAAAAUCAGCUUGGCACUCCCAAUUUUCGACGUGUAAACGUAUCGGUCCCAAAUGUAAUGUGGCACCGGGGCUCAAAAUUUUAGGGGUGCCGACACUACCUCCUGGAGGUAGUCUCGGCACGGGUAAACGAGGCACGCUGCCAAAGAUUUGGCAUGUCCUGCUGAUUUUUUUAGCACGUGUAAAUGGGGUUUUAGAGAGAGAGAGAGAGCUUGAAUUUUCCUUUUCCUUAUUUAUAUAUAUGAUUUGAAACAAGCUGCAUGUAACUAUAAUUUGGUGGCUAGCAGUGGUGCAUUGGCUCAAUGGUAUGAAAAAGUGUUUGUUUCUAUCCAGUUCACCAUUGGUAUUGAUCAGCAAUGAACUUUUAUUUCUUUUUUAUCUUGGCUAGACAUAGCACUUGAUGAACCUUUAAGAGAUGAUGGGUUUGGAGGCGAAGGUGUAGAUUUUCUCGCUGAUGGAUUUGGAGAUGAACUUGGAGGAGAUGCUCUUGUACCUGGUUUUGAUGAUCUACCAACCACAGUUGGUGUAGCAGAUGUUACUCUUGAGCCCGUGGAUACAAAGUUAAUUGAAGACAAGGAGAGUUCUGUGACAGAACCUGUUCAAGAACCAGGUAGGCCUUUACCUUUUCCACAGCAUUAGGGAGCUUAAGCAACUAGGAGGACUUCAAAAUAAUAGGUUUAAUGAUCAAAAUAACAGCUCUGCACUUGCAUCAUGCUUUUUAGUACAUUUCUUUGACGUCCACUGCACGAUUACUAAUUUGCCAUUUUUCUGGAGGACGUGGACAUGUGACGAUGAAUUUUCCUUCCUCCUUUUAAACCUAAAUAAAAUCCUUAAGAAUUCAACUCCAGGAAAAGUCGCCUGCAUUUGACAUAUUGAGCAGGUCCAAAUAGACGCGAUUAAGUUUGAAAGAACGCAAAUUCAUUUUUUUACUGACAUUUUCACUGCCGUCAUUGUCAUCCUUGCUUCUAAUGUCGUGAGGUGGUCUUUAUCCCAUUGCAUAGCUUCUUCUUGCCAUCUUCGUCAUCAGACAUCAGAGGCCGGAGAAAUGAAAUGUGUACAUACACAUGUGAGGUUCUCUAUGUACUCACAACUAAACAGAAUAAUCAGAUAAUUUUACCUGCAAUAAGAUGUAUGUGGUAUAGUUUAUUGUAGGGUUUUCACUUGGAUAAUUGGAGGUUGCCAGUUGAUUUGAGUGAAGUAACCUUACCAACUGUAUCAAACAUAGCCAUGUUUAACAUGCAUAAACUAUUUUUAAUGCUUUAGUGUAACCAUAUGGACAAUCUACUGUUUUAAUCCUAAGUUAAGACUACUUUUUGUGCAAAAUUGGGUAUCGCUAUACAUUUAUGAAACCCUGAACCACUGCGCACAGGUCAGUUGAUCCUCAUACUAUACCGGUACAUUCAUUUUUAUUUGUCUUUCCUUGGGACAUCUGGAGGAAAAUAAACAAAUUGUUAAAGUACUGUGAAUAUGAACUCACCAAACGUUGCUUAGAGGGAAGACUCGAAGGUUUCAAGGUUUCAUGGUUUCUUAAGAUAAUAGGGCUAGUCGAAUACCGAAUAGCUAAGAAAAGUUAUGAUUUUCAUCAUUGUUGUAGAUGGUUGCAUCAUCAUUAUUAAUGAGGUUGUCAUGUCUAUUCUGACGACUUGAUUCUGAAAGUGUUAUAAGUUAUUGUUUCUUAAAAGAAAAGAGCCUUUACUUACAUGUAAGGCACCAGUUACAAAACUAAAGAGGUCUUCAGACGUUCAAAUUACUAUUACCAGUAUUACUGUGUAAAGCCAGUCUGCAUGAGACGUACAGUCACACAGUUUGCAUGUGAAAGUGUCGGACUUUGCCCCUUCUGUGUCCCGUACAUGAGGGAAUUUGAGUUAUCACACAGUAAUCGAGUAAGCAGGAUUAUAAAAAUAUCUUAUGCACACAAUUUGCAAGUGAAGAAGUUGGACUUUUUCCUUUUACAAUUCAAACGUAAAAGAACAUGAAUUCUUUACCAGAAGAUUUGCUCAAAUGAUUUUAAGAAAUCACCUCAGCUUUACAACGUCUGCUAUUAAAUUAUGCUUAAUGCAAUGUUAAGGAUGAAAGUUUAACAUUUAUUUACUUCCAACAAAAUUAUCAAACUGCUGAUAUAUAUUUCUAUUCAUAUCAUGUUAUUUCACUCAAUAAAACAAUAUCUAAUUUUUUUGUCAACCAACUUCUUCCAAUUUUAUUCCCUAACACUAUUGUUUUAUAAAGUUAUGCAUCUUUACUAAAUAAAAUACACUUCAAUAACUGUAAUGACUCUUAAGCAGCAAGCACGUAUCAUGUUAUUCGCUUAAUUCACGUGUUUUUUUUUGCCAGAACGAAAAAGGUUUGUUAAACUUUGAAAGCGAGGGAAUAAAGCUUGUUUGCAGGAUUAAUUUACUCAGUACAGCUGUCAAACAAAAUAAACUGCCUUUCAGACUUCUAAAACCACAAGUUAUAGGCCAUAUACUUCCAAUUUAAAGUCUUUAUUCAAAUAUCAAUUAUUGUUUCUUUGGAAGAUCUUUGAAGAUAUAUGAUCUUUUAUACACUACCUUGAAGCAGGUGAAACAGAGUUCAUAAAUACGAAUUACGUGCGUUGUACCAUCUGCAAUAGCCGAAUUAGGUCAGAAAUCUAUUGAAGCAGCAUUGACCCUAAAAUAUGAACCCUUAAACAGCUGCAUAACUGUACUCAGCGUUUGAAUUCAUCCGAUUACUUCGAGUCAUUAUUAUUCCCUCAGUAACGUCUGAAUCCACCUGCCGUUAAUGCCAUCCAGUGACAUCACUCACUACUCAAAAACCAGGUAGUGAUUUUGAUUGAUUUAUUGUGUAAACAUUCGCAUAAUUAUGUAUAAUUACAUUUGUAUGAAAAAUUUUAGUAGGAUUGUUGCUUGAUAUUCAGCAGAUCGCAUCCCUGGCAUUCUUUCAUGUAGUUUAAACAUUAACAACAAAAACAACAAACAACAAAUUUUAUUGAAAAUUGGAAAAUAACUAAUUACAUUACUUUCCCACCCGCAAAUAGCUUAUGAACUAAUCGAGGCGGGGGGAGCUGAACACAAUUUACAAAACAAGAUUUAUAUAUAGAUGGACUAAAUAACAGUGAAGACACUACAAUACAGUAAAUAGAAUUUAAACUAACAUAAAACAAGGCAUGUACAUAACGAUUACGAAGAGAGGCUAACCUAAAGUAUUAAAUAACUUAAUAAGACGGGAGACUUCGACAUAAUCAUCUUCUGACCGCAAAAAAUUUAGUAAUAAUUCCUUUAUUUUUUUACGAAAGGACGAACGUUUAAGUAUUUUAAUCGAAUACGGAAUAGAGUUCCAAAUUUGGGCACCGAUUCUCGUGAAAAAGGCAUACAUUUUAUCGGUUCUAGAGAACUUAACAUAAAACGAGUCGCUAGAGACAGAUCUUGUUCUGUAGUUAUGAAUCUGACUUGUUUUAACGAACUGAUUGAGAAUACUAACUGGUGCUAACAUUUCGAUAAGCUUAAUCAUCUUAAACAGCAAAAUUGCCCUUGUCUCGAAACUGAAAUGCUAAAGUGAACUGCAAAUGAAGAAUCAUUGUGGAGAGUCAGUAGAUUUUUCAUUUAGAGCCGCUUUGUGGUUUUGGCGGCCGGUGAUUUUGUUUAUGUGAAGUUUUCUUAGAUCAAUGUUUUAAUUCAACCUUCUUGCUAUUUUCACCGUCAAGUGUAAUGAUUCUGUUAGCUUUUCUUUCUUGUUUCCUUGUUUUUUUCUUCAUUAAGAACCAAGAAGCUUCUUUUCAAUUAGGCAAAUCACUGUGUUUUUGAACUAAGUCUUCCAUGUGUGUGUUUAUUUCGUUGCGUGAUUGCGACCGAGUUUGAUUAUAGAAUUCAGUACAAUCAGUUCAGAGUUGUACUGCAUACAGUUGAUAGUUUGAAUGCUAAACAUGCAUUACGAUAAAAAAAAAAAUAAAGCAAUUCUGUAUCAUGCAGACAUUUCCAACUGAUAUUUCUCGGUUUGCCACUUGAAAAUUGUGUUUUACUUUUUGCAUGAAUUAAAGCAAAGGUCAAGGAGUAGUGACGUCACUGGAAUGUAAUACAAUUACAUAUUAUACAUAAUUAUGCAAAUGUUUAGACAAUCAACCAAUCAAAAUCACUACCCGGUUUUUGGGUAGUGAGUGAUGUCACUGGAUGACGAAAAACUUGUGAAAAAUCAAGAUGGAGGUCUCAAAGUGCCCUUGUUUGACCUUUAGCAAUGUCAUGUUUAGAUGCCAAAAUCUCAUUGGUUCCUAAGCAUCAACUCAUAGUACCUUCAACCUUAUUGGCCCCUGCAACAGUCAUCUGAAUACACAAGGCCACAAUGAUACAUACACUCAAACCACGGACAUAUGAGCUAUUUUUUCACAAUAGUUCAACAAGGAUUGGAAUAAUCUUUCUCUAUUAGCUCAGUUUAGGGGGGAAAGUGACCAUCUCCUCUGAGUGCAGUAGCAGGGUGCAAAGAAAAUUAUUUUUAAAGCUUGCCAUUCGGGCAAGCUCAAGCUAGCAUUUACAAGCCCAGACAUCAUUUCAACUAGCCCCAAAACUUUUUGACUAGCAGAAUUGAUUUCACAGUUGUUCUUUUAUUCAAAUUCCUAAAAAAAACAUCAUUUGCCCAUCGGGCAAGUUAAAAACAGAAUUCACUAGCCCGAUAGCAAAAUUCAUUAGCCCCGGGCUAGCGGACACUACUUUCUUUGCUUGCUUAGUAGCCAACACUUUUGGUUGGCAGUUUGUGCUUACUGUAAGCACUGUUUCAUAUAUAUUAACCUUAUUUACUAUUUAAAUAAUACAGCUGGAGCUUACUGUAGAUUGUAAAUCGGGGUGCAAAGAAAAUCAUUUUUACAGCUUGCCAUUCAGGCAAGCUGAAACUAGCAUUUACUAGCCCAGACGUCACUUCAACUAGCCCCAAAAACUUUUGACUAGCAGAAUUGAUUUCACAGUUCUUCUGUUAUUUGAAUUCCUCAAAAAAUAUCACCUGCCUGUCGGGCAAGUUAAAACAGAAUUCACUAGCCUGAUAGAAAAAUCCACUGGCCGUUAGCUAUCAGACACUACUUUCUUUGCAUGCUGUAACUGUUCUCUUCUCAGCUUGCCUCCAUUGCAUUUUCAAAACUACAUGACAAAUUGAUUCCCACAAUCUAAGGACUUGGGCUUACAAUAGAGAGGAGAAGUCGUUACGUCAUGUUGCCAUGGUAACAAAAUUUCUGGAUGACAACAAACUGAAAACAUCACUGAAAAAGUGAAUUCACACUUAAAAUUCAUUGAUCUUAUUCAAUUUCAUUUAAUUUGUCAAAUGUUGGUGAAAUUUUCUGUGGUUGAUUCCGAAAGUACUAUAAUUAAGUUUAGAAACAGAAAAAGAAAACUUGUGUUGUGUUCACCUUCUUUAUAAAGUGGGCGCAUGAAAUUAGGAGUUUUCAUGUCGCAGUCGUGUAACAAUGGCAAAGAAAUGAACAAAAAAGCAUGAUGCACGUGCAAAGUUGUUGUUUUGCUAAUAUAAAUUUAUUUCUUUUUUGCUGUUCUCAUUGCCGCCGCCGUUAUCGUUGCUAAGCUCCCUAUUGUUGUGAUCCAGAAAUUUUGCUACCAUGGUAACAAGAUGUCACACUUCUCCUCUCUAUUUAUUUUCUCCAAGGCCACUUCCUGUUGUAGGGAAAUGUAGUUUUCACUACCAAGGUGCUAUGCUUUGGAACAGCCUUCCCUCUCAAACAAAAAAAUUCAGAACACUAUGAAUGCCUUUAAAGAAUCCUGCCAGCAAGUUAAAAUUUUUUCUAUGUUUUCUCUUUUAUAUGUUUUGUAAUAACAAUGUACAUAAUAAUAAAUGCUCUAUAAUUUUUAUUUAUUAUUUUAUUCAUACUGGGAUUUAAAUAUAAUACACAGCUCGAAGAAAGAGCAUAUUAUCUUAUUUGUAAAUAUAAAUUAUUGAUAGGAAGAUAAAAUCAAGCCUUUGUAUAUGUGUAUGUAUGUACCUUAUUUACUUUAAAAGAUGUUUUAAUUCCGAGAACUGCUUGUGGUAAAAUUAUUUUUACUUAAUAUCCAAACGGACUAACUUGUCAAUUCAACAGGUGUGAAUGAGACUGCCAAUGAAACCACAUUGCUAGACAAUGAAGCAGAGGCAUUUGUUCUUGAGCCAGUGGAAGUUGUUCAAAAAAAGAAACGGAGCAGGCGGAAGAGAAAGCUAGUGGUUGAUGAGGAAAAAAUUUUAGCCACAGAAUCCAUCAAGUCUCAACUUGCUGACAGUUCAGACAUUGUGAAGCCUGCAACUCUUGCUCCUCCCACAAAACAAAGAAUGAAGCUCAAAAGCGUCUCAACUGCUGAAAAGCUUUUUGCCUUGCCAAAUGUUGAGGCCUUUGCAUCGCCCGUUAUUGAUGCUUUUAGAGUUAAUCUUACAAAGGUUGUGAACAGCGAAAAUGUUGAGACAGAGGAAAAAAUGGAUGUUGAUGAAGAACCAGAAUUGCCAAGAGAGGAAGAGGAGGUGUCUGGUGUUUUUGAACGAAGUAAUAAUCAGUCAAAAGUUUCUUUUGCCAAUGAGGAGACCAAUUUAACUGUUGUCCCCGGGGAGCCAAUUGACCAGGCUAUUGAUGAAUAUGAACGUCCCGUGGAAGAAGAAGAACCAUUUUUAGCCGGGGAAUUUGAAGAUAUUUACCCAACCAACAAAGAUGAAGUGGAAGAAAUUGAGCUGCAACCAGAAUCAACAGCUUCCGAAGGAAAUUAUGAGCAACAAAGCUCUGAUACAAGUGAACAGUUAGAAAACAGACGGUGGACAAAGCGCACUCAACAGCUACUUCACACUUUAAAGAGGGAAUUCCAGAAAAAAAAUGUUGUUAAUUUUGGAAACUUGGUUCACAAGAGUAGCAGAAAGCAAGCGGCAUACAAAUUUUACAGUUGUUUAUUGCUCAGCAAGGAAGGAAAUGUUGAAAUAGAACAGAAAAAACCAUUUGGGGACAUAAAAAUUUCAAAGGGAGAAAGCUUUAAUGUCGUCUGUUAAGCUGAACCGCCCAAGGGGGGCUUGCUGCUUCGUUAGGAAAGUAUUUUAUUUUACUACAUUCUCGACAUUUACAUACAUGUGUACGCUUCCAAUAUUAACUUUGUGAUCCCCCAAAUUAGGAGGAGCUUCAUUGCACUGUAGAUUUAAGCAAAAUAAGCAACUCAGUUAUGAAUGUUAGUUGUUGUAUAAAAGACAUUUCAUCUUUAUCCAAUCUUUAAAACGUUUAAAAAUUACAUUGUAUAUAUUUUUGUGGCCUCUUUAAUUACAGAAGGUUUCUAGUCUUUGGAAAUACAUGUAUCUUUGUAAUUUUGUUUUUUAAUCAAGUAACUUCUCAUGAGAGGUGGCCAUGACAAAGAGUGCAGUAGAUUGAGGAGAUUUUCAAGUCUUUAGUAACAAUUUCUGUUAGAUAGAUUACUAUUUUAGGCAGCCAGGGACGAAAGAGCUAUUACUAAACUGAAGAACCUAGAUUAUCUUAACCUGCGAUCGGGCAGGCGGACCUUUUUCCAUUUUUUCUCCUCUCCUGUCUGCCGAAUUUCGCGCUCCCUCGGAAAAAAGAAGAGCGCCCGAUCGCAGUUUACGAUUAUCUGUAAAAAGAUAAAUAGUCCAGAUAAUCGAACGACAACAAUGACGAUCUUUUAUUUCACCAGUUGAUAAUUUUCAGUUUCAUUUUUGAAAUAUAAAAAGAGCCAUAAAGAGGGAAAUAUGAGUAGUGAUGACAUCACAUAUCCUUCAUAUGAGAGUUUCCCCCAGGAGGAGGAAGGUAUUUCUAGUCACCGUGUAAAAAUGCCGGUUCUUCCUUUAAAAUACCUCAUAACGAAUGUUUUGCAACACAUCAAUUUUCGCGAUGUUAGAAUGUUCCAUUUUUAGUCAACACUUACUUUUAGUAUUUAAACAGACUUUUCAAUUUCACCACUCUCUGAAUUCGUGUUGAGUGUAAAAACCAUAAAAAAGGAUUGCUGCAAAAGUCUUUUGUUAUAAGGUAUCCUGUUAAGAGGCAUCUUGAAAGCAGUUGAUGUAUCGCGUUCAAAUCUCUUUACACGAAGUUUUGAUAUUUUUACUUCGUUUCAGGUUUUUUGUAGUUAAAAGAGCGUAUUUAUUUUGAGAUCUGUUUCUAUGUCAAAACAAACUCUUAUUACUCUUAGAACUACUAUUAGCCUCGUACCCUGGAAAGAUGACUAAGCCUAACCCCGGUUCAAGCUA